AUGAGCCGUGCUCGCCUCUGCCAUGGCCGGGCAGCGGAGGCUGCGGGCAGGCUGGCCAGGGGCUCCUCGCUGGGACAGCUCAACCCCACCAGUAGCUCCGCUUUCACCAGCGAGGGGCAUCUCUGCGCGAUGGGCGGCGUGUGGUCCGUCCUCUUCAUCCUCUCCGAGUGGAGGCAGAGCUGGAGGCGUCUGGGGACCACUGGCCAGCGGCUGUCACCAGCCACUGCAGGGCUCCUCUCGGCUCUUGCAGGCUGUGACUCGGGCUUUGGGCAGGCGACAGCACGGCACUUGGACGCCAUGGGCUUUCGGGUGUUCGCCAGCGUGCUGGACCCACAGGGUGCUGGUGCGCAGGAGCUGCGCAGGAGCUGCUCACCGAGGCUGACGCUGCUGCAGAUGGACCUGACCAAGCCGGAGGACAUCCAGCGUGUCCUGCAGCACGUCCAGGCCCACACCAACAGCACAGGGCUCUGGGGCCUGGUGAACAACGCCGGCUUCAACGACACCAUCGCCGACGCCGAGCUCUCACCACUGGGCAAGUUUCGCACCUGCAUGGAGGUGAACUUCUUUGGCUCGCUGGAACUCACCAAGGGGCUGCUGCCCCUGCUCCGCUCUGCCAGCGGCCGCAUCGUCACCGUCAGCAGCCCCGCGGGUGACCUGCCCUUCCCCUGCCUGGCAGCCUACGGGGCCUCGAAGGCAGCCCUCAGCCUGCUCAUGGACACCUUCCGCAGUGAACUUCAGCCCUGGGGCAUCAAAGUCAGCCUCAUCCUGCCUGGCUACUACAAAACAGGGACAACGUGUGACCCUGCCUUCUGGAACCUGCAGAAGCAGCAGCUGGUGGCCAGCCUGCCCCAGGAGCUGCUCCAGGCCUAUGGCGAGGACUACGUGGAGGAGAUCAACCGCCAGUUCAUCCAGUUCAUGAAGGUGGCGGUGGAGGACCUCAGCGCGGUGGUGAACAGCAUCACGGACGGGCUCCUGGCUGCCAACCCAGCCGUGCGCUACUACCCAGGGCAGGGCCUUGGGCUCAUGUAUUUCAUACACCGUUACCUGCCCUACUUUGUCCGAGACUUGUUCUUGAAAGGAUUCUUCAUCAACCCCAAGCUGCCCCGAGCACUGCGGCGAGAGCACCACAUGGAUGGGAAGAAGGCCUGACCUCGGCCCGCAUGCGGUCGCGGGGCAGGAGCGAGCUUUCUCCCGGGAUUUCCAGGCACACCAGCCCCCGAGCGCGUGCGCAGUCGCCGGCAUCGCCCUCCUGCACCGCGGGGGAACAAUCAGCACUAGACGUUAAAAACCAAAUUGCUUUCCAAAAUCAGGCAGAUCUAUUUUCUAUUGUGCAAGAAUCAACAUUUUCUAGAGACGUUGUUUUUGUAUUUUUUCUAAACGUGCAUCCUCCAAGGGGGCCACCCCUGCCUGACUCAGCGGCUUUGCACCACGGGCUUGGAUGUACCUCAGGCAUUUCUCAGCCACCUGACAUCUUCCUCACUGCUGUCGGAGCUGCGUUUGUCUCCACCACCUCUUGGCUAGGUCCAGCCUGGGAGCCUGUGGCCACUCCCCUGCCUCCCUGCUGUUCCAUUACACACUCCACAUGCUCCCAGCAGGUGCAGGGGCCAGUGCUGCAGGGCUCUUCACGAGAUGAACUACACGAUUGUCACUUUUUAAAUAAAUCUGUUCUUGAUAUGCCACUGGGCUCUGGCAGUAUCCUUUGGUGGUGCAGCACUGCGAGGCUUGGCCAGGGAUGCCCUGCCCACAGGCUGAGCUGCACUAGGUCACCCAGCACUGUGGCAGGAGCCUGGCAUGGGGCAGCCUCAGAGAAGGGAUGAGCCUGCUGGGAAGAGCUUGCACCUGCUCCCUGCCCCUUCCCACCCCUACCCUAAAUGCCUGCUUUUGCUCUAACCGCAUGGCCCUGCGAGGGUGAGGAUGGAAGGGGUGGAAGGCCAGGCAGAGGGGGACAAGGCUGCACCUCCCAGGCACCCCUCAGCUCAGCACCCCCCUACACCCACAGGCCAGGCACCAGCUUGGGCUGGAGUGAGCGCCCAGGGCCCCCUGGGGUGGUACAACCACCCUUCCUGCAGGAGAAA